GGUCUAUGUUUUCGGUUAGAUUACAGAGAAGAGUUCAUUACAAAAGCUUAUUUUGAAUGUUGGCAUUAUUUUAACCCUAGGAACUGAAAUCAAUACUGUUGAUGUUGUCAGCGGAACACUUUGACUGCUGCACACCAACAAGUCGGAGGCGCACGCUUCUCCAGCAUACAAGCGAAAAUUUGUGUUUCUUUGCGCUGGCCUUUGAUUAUUAAUCUUUAUUCGUCUUUUGCCCAUUUAAACCAAUACAAUUCCAUCAUGAAACUACUUACACACAACAUGUUGACGUCGCAUGUGAAGGGAGUAACCAAAGGAUACCCACUUCUCAUCAAAGCAACAGAAGUUAAGGUGAACGAGGUGGAGUUUAACCCACAGUUCGUCAGUCGGAUGAUCCCCAAGCUUGAGUGGAGCGCGUUAAUACAAGCAGCGGAUGGGCUGGGCCACCUCCAGGAUCUUCCGGGUACAGUUGUUCCAGAAUUUGAGAAUAAUGACGACUUUCUGCGCAAAGUUCACAGAGUUUUGUUAGAGGUGGAGGUAAUUGAGGGGUGCCUCCAGUGCCCAGAAUCAGGAAGAGAGUUUCCCAUCUCAAGAGGAGUUCCUAACAUGCUGUUAAAUGACGACGAAUCCUAACAUGUUUUAGAAGUUAUCUUCUGAUAGGCUAUAUACAUUAUCUGCAUCCCACCUAAACAUCUUUUCUUUUUGUGAUUAUGGUUUAUUUAUGUGUUUUUAUUGAAAUUUCAUAUGUUCUGAAAUAAAAUGGUUGAAUUCCC